AGGUUAUUCCUCGCGGGCAACUGAAUGCUAUCAAACUCCAUGAGUGACAGACUGUCAGCAGCACCUACAUAAGGUUAUAUUCAGGGCAUAUAAUAAAUGCGGCUCUGAUUAAUACCUCAGAAGCGUAUUAGUGAGAUCGAAACUCGGUAGUGGGAGAUCCGGUGCAGUGGUCCAUAAUUAUGGCAUGCAUUCAUGGCGUUGGUCAGCUUGAAAGCUAGUAUCAUUUACAUGUGUUAUGAGUUGACCAUUGUUUCCAAUAAACCAUCAAGGAGUAAGCUUGAAGCCGGUUGAUUCGGAAACGCGUUACACUUACACGGAUAUAAGCUAAGUUUGUUGGUAAGGUUAUCUCGUACGAGGAUGAAAUCUGAGCUAUCUAGAUAUCAGCGAAAUGGCAGUUGAAGGAAUAGGGCUCACACUUCAACAUGGAUCGUCAUAUACGACCAGCUUCCUUGAUAAUUCUCUACAUCGUGAGCAUAGCUAUCUUGCUCCGGGAGAAGAUAGCUCCCUUCUUAGAACAACAGCAAGUAGAUAAUGAGCCACCACGAUGUCGUUGCAUCCCCGGGGAUCCCUGUUGGCCUUCGCAGACAGAAUGGUCCCAAUUCAAUACCUCUCUCGGCGGAAAACUCAUCCUAAACAACUGCCAUCCUAACAACGCCUUCACGUCUCCGGAUGUGCCAUACAUGCAACACGCAGUCAACGUCUCCUCAGCACGAGACUGUCAACUUACGCUCGACUUCACACAGCAACAUAACAUACGCCUCAUAUUGCAAGAUGCGAAGCUUGAUUGCCCGUCAGAAUCAACUGGACCCGGGGCACUUGUGCUGCGGACUCAUAGCCUACGAAACAUCUCUUUCUUAGACUAUGGUACCCCCUACUACGUCGGCAAAGCGAUGAAAAUCGAUGCUGGAGUUUCAAGUUGGGAAGCCCAAGCUGCGGCGCACGAACAGGGGCUACUAGUUGUGGGUAGCGAUUGUCCGGAUGCCGGAUUGGUAGAACAUACCCAGAGAGGCGGGCAUAGCACGUUGUUCUCGAAGUAUGGGUUAGCAGCAGACCAGGUCCUGGAGUGGGAAGUUGUAACAGCGGAUGGGAGGUUACUUGUCGCGAGUCCGGUCAAGAAUGCGAACUUAUACUGGGCGUUGACUGGCAGCGGAAAUGGGGCGUAUGGCGUUGUGUUGUCGAUGGCGGUUCGGGCGUACCCAGAGACCCAGGUUGCGGCUGCGAAGCUGAGCUUUUCCAGUGAUGGGGUUCCCUUGGAUACGUUUUAUGACGCGAUCAAGACAGUACUUUUGGGAUACCCGGUUAUGAAUAAUGCAGGUGUUGGAAGCCUCUGGUCCGUUAUAAACGGGGUCUUUGAGAUACAGCCGAUCAUUGCGCCGAGUCUAACGGUUGAUGAGUUGACUGACUUACUUCGACCUUCAUUGGAUGCGUUAGAUGAGAGUGGCAUAUCUUAUGACUUCAAAAGUGAAAAUUAUCCUUCGUAUUUCGAUUCUUACGAAGCGAUGAGCCCUCAGUAUGAAAUUUCCCCCUUAACCCACGUCAACUCCCGCUUUAUCCCGCGCUAUCUGAUAGAGUCUGAGACGGCUAUCACGCCGUUGAUGGACACCAUAAAAUUUCUAGCUACACACAAUGUAGGUUUGUUGGGAAUGUCUCUCAACGUCUCAAGAGCGCCAAUUCUCCCUAAUUCGGUACGCCCGAUGUGGCGCACGGCGGGAUUCAUUGUUACGUAUGGAGCCAUGUUUCACGAAAACGACCAUGAGGCCAAUACAGAGGACCUGAAGGUUCUUACGGAUGUACUCGAACCCCGAAUAGAAGAGAUCAUGCCUGGAUGUGAUGCAUAUCUCAAUGAAGGCAACUCAUGUGAGUCCAAUUUCAAGGAAGUCAUUUAUGACAGUAAUUACGGAAGACUCAAGUCUAUCAAAGAGAAAUGGGACCCCGAAGAUUUCUUAUAUAGUCCGACAGCGGUGGGCAGCGAGGCAUGGAAAAUAGAAAGUGAUGGUCGGCUAUGUAGGAUUAAACAGCCAAGUAACCCAGAGCAUGAUAUUUUAUAAUAAGUAAUGUAAGAACAACUUCAAGUUGAAGAUUGAAAAAGGUCAUUUCACAAAAGACUUUUAAUUGGGUGACUACAGUAAAGAAAAAACGCACUGCGUCUAGAGACUUUCCGCUGAAAGAGGCGUGAAACUUCUACCACUUAGAUUCUAACCACCAAAAAUACGGAAAGUGUCUCUAGAUAUUGAUGACAUCCAAAGCAAAAAGGAUAUAAAUUCAAAAAGAAUAUUUUGUGACAAGAGUGGGACUUGAACCCACGCGGAUUGCUCCAUGAGGAAUUAGAUGCUAAGGUGACCUUAACCUCACGCCAUAACCAACUCGGCCAUCUUGCCUGUGAUCCGAU